GCACAUGACCUUGGCCCAGCCCGAGCCCGGCUGGAAACAGCAGCUGUCUCCUGACCCCAGGUACACCACUUGGAGCUCGGCCAGCCUGGAGGAAAGGGUAACGGUAGGAGGUGGGGGAAAGGGUCCCUCCUCAGGCAGCUCUGGGCUGGCUCCAGCCCCAUAAAUACCGCAGGCCCAGAGGGAGGGCCACACAGAGGCAGCCACACACCAUGGGGCCCUGGGAGCCAGUGGUCUUGGGCCUCACCUGCUGCCUGGCUGUGGCGAGCGCGGCAAAGCUGGGCGCCGUGUACACGGAGGGCGGCUUCGUGAAAGGCAUCAGCAAGAAGCUGGGCCCCUUUGGCAACUACGUCGACAUCUUCAAGGGCAUCCCCUAUGCCGCCGCCCCCAAGACCCUGGAGAAUCCUCAGCGACACCCCGGCUGGCGAGGAACCCUGAAGGCCAAGGGGUUCAAGAUGCGAUGCCUGCAGGCCACCAUCACCCAGGACAGCACCUACGGGAAAGAGGACUGCCUCUACCUCAACAUCUGGGUCCCCCAGGGCAGGAAGGAAGUCUCCCAGAACCUGCCCGUCAUGAUCUGGAUCUACGGAGGUGCCUUCCUCAUGGGGUCCAGCCAAGGGGCCAACUUCUUCAGCAACUACCUGUACGACGGGGAGGAGAUCGCCACUCGGGGCAACGUCAUCGUGGUCAGUUUCAACUACCGCGUCGGCCCCCUGGGCUUCCUCAGCACCGGGGACUCCAACCUGCCAGGUAACUAUGGCCUUUGGGACCAGCACAUGGCCAUCGCUUGGGUGAAGAGGAACAUCGCAGCCUUUGGGGGAGACCCUGACAACAUCACCAUCUUCGGGGAAUCAGCCGGAGGUGCCAGCGUCUCUCUGCAGACCCUCUCUCCCCACAACAAGGGCCUCAUCAAGAGAGCCAUCAGCCAGAGCGGGGUGGCGCUGUGCCCCUGGGUCAUCCAGAAGAACCCCCUCUUCUGGGCCCAAAGGAUCGCAGAGAAGGUGGGCUGCCCCUUGAACGACACAGGCAGGAUGGCCGGGUGUCUGAAGCUCACCGACCCCCGUGCCCUGACAUUGGCCUAUCAGAUGCCCCUGAAACCAGGCACGGAGUACCCCUUGCUGUACUAUCUGGGCCUCCUCCCUGUCGUCGACGGAGAUUUCCUCCCCAGUGACCCCAUCGACCUGUACGCCAAUGCCGCGGACAUCGACUACAUAGCAGGCACCAACGACAUGGACGGCCACCUCUUUGCCAGCGUCGAUAUGCCAGCCAUCAAUAAGGACAAAGAGGCCAUCACAGAGGCGGACUUCUACAAGAUGGUCAGCGGGUUCACCAUCGCCAAGGGCCCCAGAGGUGCCAACGCCACCUUUGACUUCUACACCAAUCCCUGGGCGCAAGACUCGUGCCAGGAGACCAAGAAGAAGACCGUGGUGCACUUUGAGACCGACAUCCUCUUCCUGAUGCCCACGGAGACCGCCGUGGCCAAGCACAAGGCCAACGCCAAGAGCGCCAAGACCUACAGCUACCUAUUCUCCCACCCGUCUCGGAUGCCCUUCUACCCCCGCUGGAUGGGGGCUGACCACGCAGACGACCUCCAGUACGUCUUCGGGAAGCCCUUUACCACCCGGAUGAUCUACCGGCCCCAAGACAGGAUUGUCUCCAAGGCCAUGAUCGCCUACUGGACCAACUUUGCCAGAACUGGGGACCCUAACAUGGGCCACUCGGCUGUGCCCACACACUGGUAUCCCUACACCCUGGAAAGUGGCAACUACCUGGAAAUCAACAAGAGGAUGGAUGGUAGCUCCAUGAAGCAGCACCUGAGGACCAAUUACCUGCAGUACUGGACCCUGACGUACCAGGCACUGCCCGCGCCCCCCGAGGGCGACUCUGAGGCCACCCCCGCGCCCCCGGAGGGCGACUCUGGGGCCACCCCCGCGCCCCCGGAGGGCGACUCUGGGGCUACCCCCGCGCCCCCGGAGGGCGACUCUGGGGCCACCCCCGCGCCCCCUGCGGGAGACUCUGGGGCCACCCCCGCGCCCCCUGCGGGAGACUCUGGGGCCACCCCCGCGCCCCCCGCCGGCGACUCUGGGGCCACCCCCGCGCCCCCCAAGGGCGACUCUGGGGCCACCCCCGCGCCCCCCGCCGGCGACUCUGGGGCCACCCCGGCGCCCCCCGCCGGCGACUCUGGGGCCACCCCCGCGCCCCCCGCCGGCGACUCUGGGGCCACCCCCGCGCCCCCCGCCGGCGACUCUGGGGCCACCCCCGCGCCCCCCGCGGGCGACUCUGGGGCCACCCCCGCGCCCCCCGCGGGCGACUCUGGGGCCACCCCCGCGCCCCCCGCCGGCGACUCUGGGGCCACCCCCGCGCCCCCCGCCGGCGACUCUGGGGCCACCCCCGCGCCCCCCGCCGGCGACUCUGGGGCCACCCCCGCGCCCCCCGCCGGCGACUCUGGGGCCACCCCCGCGCCCCCCGAGGGCGACUCUGGGGCCCCCCCCGCGCCCCCCGCCGGCGACUCUGGGGCCACCCCCGCGCCCCCCGCCGGCGACUCUGGGGCCACCCCCGCGCCCCCCGAGGGCGACACUGGGGCCACCCCCGCGCCCCCCGCCGGCGACUCUGGGGCCACCCCCGCGCCCCCCGCGGGCGACUCUGGGGCCACCCCCGCGCCCCCCGCGGGCGACUCUGGGGCCACCCCCGCGCCCCCCGCCGGCGACUCUGGGGCCACCCCCGCGCCCCCCGCCGGCGACUCUGGGGCCACCCCCGCGCCCCCCGAGGGCGACUCUGAGGUGGCUCAGAUGCCCAUAGUCAUUGGCUUCUAAUGUCUUUGCCCUCCAGAGGCCACAGGGUGGGACCCCAAGGCCCACCUUCCCUCCCAAGCUCUUCGUUGAAUAAAGCCUCAUCCGUCUCUGUCUGGCAUCUCUUUUUGCUCCCAAGACCCAGCUGGAGGAAGG